CCAUUUGGCUGAACAAUAUUAUUUGUGUUCACGUUGAUCAUACUACAAAGUAGACUUUCGCGUGAAAUAAUAUCAAUGCUGAAGUAAAUUGUCACGCUAUUUAAAAUGAAGCGCGCCAGCAAUCAUAUAUUAUCGAAAAUAACACGGUUAUCAUUUUCUGCCGUGCACCUGCCAAUUUGUCAGCCAAUUAAUUUGCCUAAACCCCGUUUUUUGUCUUCGAAUCAUAAUGCGUUACAAACAAUUUUUUCUAAGCAUGACACUUUCCAAGAGCGACAUAUUGGUCCAAGUCAACUCGAGAAGAAGUCGAUGCUGGAAUUUCUUGGAUUGAAGGAUAUUACUGAGUUAGUCAAUAAAGCAGUACCAGCUGAUAUUCUUUUGGAUAGGAAUCUUGAUAUUGAAGAACCUCUAGGUGAGCAUCAGCUUAUACAAUACUUGAAACAGCUAUCCAACAAGAACCAAAUAUGGAGAAGUUAUAUUGGUAUGGGAUACCACAAUACAUAUGUACCACAUACCAUUAUGAGAAACAUAUUCGAGAACCCUGGAUGGGUAACCCAAUAUACACCUUAUCAGGCAGAAUUAGCACAGGGAAGAUUGGAGAGCUUGCUAAACUAUCAGACCAUGAUGUGCGACUUAACCGGUUUAGAUAUUUCUAAUGCUUCUCUAUUAGAUGAAGCUACUGCAGCAGCUGAAGCAAUGGGUUUGUGUUUCAGACACAGUAAAAGAAGAAGAUUUUAUGUGGACAGUAAUUGUCAUCCACAAAACAUAGCUGUAGUAAAAACUAGAGCAGAUGCCCUUGGUAUUGAGGUGGUAAUUUGUGAUUGGAAGCAAAUGGAGUUCGACACACAUGAUUUUUGUGGAGUUUUACUGCAAUACCCAAAUACAGAAGGAAAUAUCUUAGAUUAUUCUUUAUUAAUAGAAUCAGCUCAUACACAUGGGACUUUGGUUGUAGCAGCAACUGAUCCACUUGCAUUAGCCAUUAUGAAGCCCCCAGGAGAAAUUGGAUUUGAUAUAGCACUUGGUACCACACAAAGAUUUGGUAUACCUUUAGGCUAUGGUGGACCUCAUGCUGCAUUUUUUGCUUGUAAAAAUAAAUUUCUAAGAUUGAUGCCUGGUCGUAUGAUAGGUGUAACAAAGGAUGCCAAUGGUAACGAAGCUUUAAGAUUAGCAUUACAGACAAGAGAACAACAUAUUCGUAGAGAUAAAGCAACAAGUAAUAUUUGUACAGCUCAGGCAUUGCUUGCUAAUAUGUCUGCCAUGUUUGCAUGUUAUCAUGGACCUGAAGGAUUACGACACAUAGCUGACAGAAUUCACAAUGCUACCAGAAUACUAGCCGAAGGUGUGCGGAAUGCUGGCCAUACUGUGAUAAAUGAAAUGUUUUUUGAUACAAUUACAUUUUUACCAGUAAAUGGAAAAGAUGAAAUUAUAAACAGGUCAGAUUCUAAAAAAGUUAACUUGAGGCAGUUUUCUAAUGGCUAUAUGGGAAUAUCUUUGGAUGAAACAACAGAAGAAAUUGAUCUGAAGGAUUUAUUAGAGAUUGUUGGUUCUCCUAAAACAGCUGUGAGUUAA